AGCAGGAGGGAGGGAGAGAGGAGCAUCAUCAUCAUCAUCAUCACCACCAUCCUCCUCAUCCUCCUCAGCCCUGUACACGGCGCACACAUCACCGCCGCCGCUGCCCAGCAUCAUCCUCCUGCAGGAGCCGGCAUGUCUGCAGUGUGAGCGGCGCGGGAGCUCGUCCUCAGCGGGACUCGUCACUCAUCUGCCCCGUGACACCUGGAUGGACAGGCGGCUGUGAGAGCAGCUCCUCCGCGCAGAGUCCCCUCCAUGCUCCAGCCUCCAGCGCUCCAGCUGCCAGCACCUCGUCCCCCAGCCCUGCGCUCCCCUCCAGCCCGGAGCCGCUAGCGCCCUCACCUCCCAUUGUCUCCAGCCACAAGGACGAGCCCAGGCGGCAUGGCACAAAGGUACGACGAAAUGGUGCAUUACCCCGGGUUAGAUGGGAUCCCCCUGGCAGGAUUUGGGGAUGCACACACGGGACGAGUCAUGCAGCAUCACUCCCUAAGCCAGAGCUCACCCUAUGGAACUGCUGGGGCACCUCAUCGGAUCCCCAUGCCCCCUGGGAUGGGCAGCAACGACAGUCUGAAGAGGGAGAAGGAUGAGAUUUAUGGACACCCCCUGUUUCCCCUGCUGGCGCUGGUGUUUGAGAAGUGCGAGCUGGCUACUUGUUCGCCACGGGAUAAUUCCGGCUCCUUCCCAGGGGGGGACGUGUGCUCCUCGGAUUCAUUCAACGAAGACAUUUCUGUAUUUGCCAAACAGGUCAGAACAGAAAAACCGCUCUUCUCAUCUAACCCGGAGCUGGACAACCUGAUGAUCCAAGCCAUCCAGGUUUUAAGAUUUCAUCUCUUAGAGCUAGAAAAGGUUCACGACCUAUGCGACAAUUUCUGCCACCGAUACAUCACCUGCUUGAAAGGCAAGAUGCCCAUUGACCUGGUGAUAGACGACCGCGACGGUUCCUCCAAGUCGGACUUGGAAGAUUUCACGGGAUCCUGCACGAGUUUAUCAGAUCAGAAUAACUCCUGGAUCCGCGAUCACGAUGAAACGGGCUCCACCCACUCAGGAACGCCGGGUCCGUCCAGUGGGGGGUUGGCGUCGCAGAGCGGGGAUAACUCCAGUGAACAGGGUGACUGUCUAGACAACAGUGUGGCCUCACCCAGCACGGGGGACGACGAUGAAUUAGACAGGGACAAAAAGAGGAACAAAAAAAGGGGCAUCUUCCCUAAAGUUGCCACAAACAUAAUGAGAGCGUGGCUCUUCCAGCACCUUUCGCAUCCCUAUCCCUCAGAAGAACAAAAGAAACAGCUGGCGCAGGACACCGGCCUCACGAUACUACAAGUCAAUAAUUGGUUUAUUAAUGCAAGAAGACGAAUCGUCCAACCAAUGAUUGACCAAUCAAAUCGAACAGGUCAGGGUGGUGCCCCCUAUAGUCCAGAUGGUCAGAAUAUUGGGGGAUACGUUAUGGAUGGCCAGCAACACAUGGGAAUCCGCCCACCAGGCUUCCAAGGGAUCCCAGGGGAUUACAGUGCGGCCCCAAGCUCGAUGACCAUGGGAUUCCCACCGGCCGGUUACACGUCCACAAUGCCCCCGCACCCAGCCGGCCUCCGUCACGGACCGUCUUUACACUCCUACCUCCCCGGGCACCCCCACCAUGCCUCCAUGAUCUUGCCCACCGGCACCUCCCCUCACCACUUGGUGUCAGCGCAGAGCCCGGCAGACGCACUUCUGAACGGUCAAAACAUAGACAUUCACGCUCACUAACAUUCAGCCAUACCGGGUGUCAGGGUCAUUUACAUUUUAAACUUUUUUUUCCUCCAGCUUCCAAAAAAAAACAAAAAAACGCCUUUGAACAAAUCCUCAGUUCUAGCUGGACUCGUUACCCCUCA